AUAUCUUGCAGAUACAAUACUGCAAUUGCAACCGAUUGUGUUGGGACUUUGACCUACGAUAUCGUGAUUUAUUCCCCAUUCACCCGAUCUAAUCAUCUGUAACAACUCACCUUAGACAUUACCCAUAUCCAGGCGAGGGAUGUGCGCACGUAUACACCCUCUCACACAUCUUGAUUCAUUUCAGCUGUAUUGAGGGUGUAUUAUUUUCAUAAUCGCACGUUCUUGCCGAUAAUUGCGAUCAAUACAACCAGAGCCUUAGUUGAAGGGAAACAACAUCCACAAGCGAUCGAAGAAGCAAUAGGCCAACCAUACUUUGACCAGUGUACAUUGUGACAUCAUGGCUGUUGAGGUUGUUCAGAAGGAUACGGGAUACCUAUUGGAAGGACCUCAUUGGGACGACGUCACCAAUACCCUUCUGUAUGUUGAUAUCUUUAACAAGUUCGUUCAUUCUUACAACACCGUGACAAAGGAAGCUAAAAAGGUCGAAGUCCAUGAUGCCGUAGGGGCAAUUGUGACCACAACCAGUGGAAGAACUAUGGCGUGUGUUGGACGAGAGGUGGGCUACAUCAACUGGGAUGCCGGAAAAUUCGAAACAUUUUGUGAAAUAGAUCUAAAAAAGGGAACCAGAUUCAAUGACUGCAAGUGCGAUCCAGCAGGAAGAUUCUAUUUAGGAACGAUGGCUGUCCAAGAUCCGUCGACAAGCUCGGAAGAAACCAAAAAAGGACAGGGCUCCCUCUUUUGUUUGAGUCCCGACAAAACAGUCCGAGAGUUUGUGCAGAAUGUUGACAUUUCAAAUGGCAUGGCGUGGACAAAUGACCACAAAACUAUGUAUUACAUCGAUUCGCUGACGUACGGCGUGGAUGCUUUUGAUUAUAACAUCGAAACCGGUGAAAUUGCAAACAGACGACAGGCAAUCAGCGUUCCAAAGUCAGACGGUGUACCGGAUGGUAUGUGUAUUGACGAUGAGGGUAUGCUAUGGGUCGCCUUGUUUGAUGGAUGGGCUGUUAACAGAUAUAACCCCAAAACAGGCGAAAAACUUCGGUCCAUCAAAUUUCCAACCAAGAACAUCACAAGCUGUUGCUGGGGCGGGGCCAAUCGCGAUGAACUUUACGUGACGUGUGCAAAACACUUUCUCAAACCGGAUGAACUCAAGGAACAAGAUACUGCUGGUUCCAUCUUCCGGGUUACUGACCUAGGGGUCAAAGGGGUCAAGUGUGACGUAUUCAAAGACAAUUAGUGGUGAUGUUUUAUUCCAAAAAAGUGGGAACCAAUUAUUUUUCUAUUUCUCGUCUUGUAAACAUAUCAUUGAUUUAACUUUGAGUCUUGCCCGUUAUUCUAAUAUAAUGCCAUUUUUGUAAAGAUACAUGCACCAUUCUAUGCGGAAGAAAUAUCGGAGCGUUGCUAAUUCGUGACGGUUGAUAUAAUAAAUUUGAAUUGUUUGGUGAAAAAGACACCAUAAUUCUUGAUUGGAACGUAAAAUAAUGUCUCGCUUAAAUAUUUUGUAUUCAGUUUAAACAACAUGUGCCACUUUUUUUUAUCAUUGAUGUCAAUUAUCAUAGUUACCAUUACUUGCCAUAGCAAUGUUCAAUAAGAAAUCAUUACUCCGUGAUUAUGAUUUAUAUUUAUAAUGACAAUGUCCAUGAACAGCGUAACGUGUGCUGCUCAUUUUAUAAUAUUUUUCAUUUCGUCUAUUUUUUUUCGAUUUUUUUUUCAGCUGGAAUCUAUGACAAUCUUGUUUGCCCUGCAUUUAAUAAUAACGAUAAUAAUAUUUUACAGUUAUUGUAUAGCGCAUAUCACAUGAAUGAUGUCUCUAUGCGCUUCCAAAGGACUUGGAUAUUAUUACACCAGCUGUAGCUUGGCAGCCGUAAUUAGUAAGAUUACAGCGCACACGCAUUUCAAGGAAUAAAUUCGUGCCAGGUACCCGUUCACCUCAACUGGGUUGAGUGCAGCACAAUGUGGACAAAUUUCUUGCCGAAGGAAAUUACGCCAUGGCUGGGAUUCGAACCCACGACCCUCUGUUUCAAAGUCCGGAGAUUAAUCCACUGGGCCACAACGCUCCAUGUUCUUCCAGCCGGCAGGGGCGUCCCAUAAUGUUUGAGAGACAGGCCAAAGAUGCCUUAAAGUGACGUCAUAUUUUUUUUUCUAAUUAUAGAGGUAUCAUAGAGUCACACAUCCUAGAACUCUUAUACAUUUUGAAUUCUUUCUUCCCUUUUUGCCCUCUUCCCCCCUCCUUUCAUGCUUUUUUUUCACUACGUGAAAUAUCAUCGUGAUUAUAGGGGGAGGUGGUCGCCCACGGCACCCCUCCCCCUGGUACCGACUACAUGUCUUUUGAUAUUAUGAGUUAAACAUUCUGUUGCCACUUAUGUUCUGUUUCUAAGAUAAAAUCGUAUUAAAAACAAAUACGCACGCAACAUUGUUUUAUGACUUAUUGACGUGGAUAGUAUAACAGGGCCCCGUCUUACAAAGAGUCACGACUGAUCCAAUCAAUCUCAACUCUAUGGAAAUCCAUCCAUACCAUACUUUUUUCCUGCAGGAAAUUUGCACAAUGUCGUCUCUAAACUUAAAGGACAAGUCCACCCCAACAAAAAGUUGAUUUGAAAAAAAGGGAAAAAAUCCAACAAGCAAAACACUGAAAAUUUCAUCAAAAUUGGAUGUAAAAUAAGAAAGUUAUGACAUUUCAAAGUUUCGCUUAAUUUCACAAAACAGUUGUAUGCACAUCCUGGUCGGUAUGCAAAUUGGCAGACUGAUGACGUCACCCACUCACUAUUUCUUUUGUAUUUUAUUAUAUGAAAUAUGAAAUAUUCUUAUUUUCUCCUCCUUGUCAAGUGAAACAAAGUUUUAUUUCUCCCUGAACAUGUAGAAUUACCAUUAUUUUAACAGUGUAUGGUUAAGUUAAGUUGGUCCUUUCUUGUCAAAUCUGUAAAAAUUGAAA